CGUUUCUGAUUCUGACCACCCAGAAGAAAGUGAUGCUCUUGGUGAUGACCCGGGGUUGUGGCCCACAGUAGUCAAUGACAGAGAACGGUGCGAAUUGGUUAAAAGAGGGCCUGUGCAGCAACAAUCAGAAUUCCCCAAAAAUGCAAAGGGUCGGCGGUUCACAACUGCGAACUACCAUAUGCAGAUGAAAAAUGGAGAAAGGAUAAGUAGGACGUGGCUAGUGUACAGCAAGGCUAAGGACGCAGCCAAAUGUUUUUGUUGCCAACUUUUUGGCAAGGGAGAUACACAGCUUAGCUCCACCAACGGUUUUAAUCACUGGAAUAAUCUCCAGGUUCACCUCAAGCAGCACGAGAGGUCUGCUGCACAUGUGAAGAAUAUGGGUGCCUGGCACACACUAAAUGCACGCCUUCAAAGUGGCUCAGCUAUAGAUCAGGAGGCACAGAAUCUCAUGACAGCUGAAGUCAUUAGAUGCAGAGAAGUGAUGAAAAGAUUGCUUGCAAUUGUUUGCCAUCUUGCUCAGUAUAAUCUGGCAUUUAGAGGGCACAGGGAGAAGUUAUUCGAGCAUGGGAAUGGAAAUUUCCUGGGGCAAGUACAGUUAAUGGCCAAAUUUGACCCUGUGAUGAAGGAGCAUCUCUGGAAAAUGAAAGCGAAACAGAUUGCUGAUACCUACCUGAGCAAACGCAUACAGAAUGAAUUGAUAUGCCUUGUCGCCCAGUGCACCACUGAUGCCUUAGUGGAGCGUGUGAGGAGGGCCAAAUACUAUGCAGUCAUCAUGGACUGCACUCCAGAUGUAAGCCACAAUGAGCAGCUAUCAGUGCUGCUGCGAAUUGUCAACUGUGAGCUCACAAAGGGAGUUUCUAUCCAUGAGCACUUCAUGGGAUUUCUUGUGGCAGAUGACACCACUGGCCAAGGUCUUCUGCAGCUGUUUCUAGGACACCUGGAAAGAUUGGGGUUGGACCUCUCCAACUGCCGAGGCCAGUCUUACGAUAAUGGCAGUAACAUGCAAGGCAAAACACAGGGUGUCCAGGCGAGGAUGUUGGAACUCAACCCCAAAGCACUGUGUGUGCCAUGUGGCAGCCACACCUUAAACCUGGUGGUGGGGGAUGCUGCAAAGUCCUCAACCAUUUCUCUGGGAUACUUUGGCACACUACAAAGGCUGUACACUUUGUUUAGUGGCUCUGUUCAGCGUUGGACCAUCCUUCAGGAGCAUGUGAAAGCUUUCUCAGUCAAGGCCUUGUCCACUACAAGAUGGGAGUGCCGGGUGGAUGCUGUCAAGGCUGUGCGCUACCAACUCCCAGAGAUCGUUGAUGCGUUGACAGCUGUGCACAAGCAUGCAACAUUGAAGAAAGAUCCAGAAUGCGCCUCCACUGCUGACAGCCUCAAGGAGAACAUGAUGAAGUGGUCAUUCAUGAUUUCUACAGAUGUACACAUCCCCGACCCUGAUGCAUGAAAACCGG